AGUAUGGUUGUGUUAUGGUGCAAUUGUAUCAAUAAAAACAAGUAGAUGUGAUGCUAUACCAUACUUCAUAUCAGAAAUUUAUAAGUGAGAAAAAUUAUAAUUGGUGAUUAACGCUGUUAUUAGAGCUAGCUUGCUGUUUUAUGGAAUAUGUAUGCAGUAUCUGAAUUUUCACUCGUAUUAUUAGUGUAUUGUUGUAAUAUUUCUUGUUGUCAGGAAAUCUGAAAAUGGAUUCUGGUUAGAUUAUUGACAUUGACCCUCCCAAAUCCCCUAAGCCCCCAUACAGAGAGCAUUGGAGAGUUUAAUUUGAAUCAUCCUGUGAAGGGCUUUUCUGUUUCCAACUCAAAAUGGCAUUUAGAGGGAGGGGACGAGGGCGCGGAGGAUAUGGUGGUGGCUUUAAGAGAGCAAAGGAAGAACCAUUUGAGCUAUUUCCCGCAAUCGAUGAUGAGACCUUGGGCAAGGCGACGAUGGUUUUUCCACAUCAGGAAUAUGCAGCAAGUGCAUAUUCGAAGAUAAUGAGGCAUUGCAGAUCCUCUCCUUACUAUAUCCGCGACGAAACUGGCGGUGGUCUGAAUGAGACAAAAAGUACGGACAUAGAACAGUUUUCGGACAUGAAUUCCAAUAGAUCCCGAGCGAAAUCUGAACUCUCGGAUUUCAUCACGAUUUCUGCUGCAUUGUACCCUGCUGAAACGGCCAAACGCAAGACGAUGAUGAUACGCCGUGCGAAAAAGAGAGUUCGGUGGAGUCAAGAUGCAGAUUUGCAAGACCUAGACUUUGAGAGGUUCGAGCAAGACUCCGAUGGCGAAGAGGGAAAGAAAAAUGAUAGCGAAGAUGACGACGAUGACGAAGAAGAUGGCGAAGAGAAUGUUGAAGAAGACGAGGACUCCUUCGACGAGGAUGAUGACUACAUGAAGAAUGAGGAUUUUGAUGAUGAUGAGGACGACUUCAACAUGGACGAUGAUCCCAAUGAUGAUGAAGGCACCUAUGAUUGAUUUGAUUCAUUUGUGAUAUUUUUGUCUGUUUAUGUGCGAUUAACACUAGCGUUUUGAAUUAUAUUUAUAACGGUAUAAAGUAACUCUGAAAGUGUUAAAACUAAACAGUAUUAUUAGAU